UUAUUACUGCGCAUGAUGUAUUUCUGUCAAAACACACUGUUUACUUUAAACACAAAAAAAAAAUAAGUGAAGCCAUAGAUAAGCAACAAGAGCAACAACAAUUUCAAAAAGAUUUAUUUUAGUUUUUCUAACAAACAUGGAUGGACUUUUUGUAUUCGAUGGGUCUAAUGAUUUAAUAUUGGACAAAUUAAAUAACGAAAUCAAAGAAAAGCUCUUAGAGUUGGCUCAGAAACAAGGACUUUUACAGGAGACAAGCAAUAUUGGAGACAUUGAUAACAAUGUGAUGAUGCAAAUAUUUAGUCCUUUAAUUACAAGUCAGAAAAUAAUGUUCUGCCAAUUUGACAAUUCCUACUCAUCCAUUCAAUGUGAAAAAAAUUUUACAAUUGUUUUAGAGGAUUAUUUGGGAUAUCUUUUCAUAAAGGCAGGAAGUGAAAACUUGGAUUUUCUUCAAAAGUCUUUAAAAAUAUUUAUUUCUUGCGUCAAACAUGUCUGUGGACCAAACGUUCAUUUAUUAAAAGCUGAUAUAGAACGUAGAGUCUUAGUGAAUAAUUUGUAUGAUUGUUGGUUUGAUUUGUACUUGACAAAACAAUCAUUUCUGGUUGAGGCAGUUGAACAGUUGUUGGUGAAUGCUGAGGUGAAAGCUAAGGCGUUUCAAGGUCUUCGUCACAUGGAAAAACUCAAGGAGGAAUAUCAGAAAAGUCAUGGACUUAUUUUUGUGAAUGACAAAUUAUUGACUCUGUACUCAAGUACCCAGGCACAAGUCCUUUCAGCUGCCGAUUUAAUUUUCCUUAACAUCUUCGCACAUACAGUCAUGAAAAGUGAUGCGUCUUCCAAUGCCAUACAUUCAAGUCUUUUAUUUUUGGAGGGGGUAUCAAAGGACAAACAAAGUGGAUGCAUUCCGAAUAUUGUACACGUUACAAACAUUUUCGAAAACAUCGUUCUGGUUCUUCUCAUAGAACACCCUAACUUAGGAAUCACCAAUAAUUUGUUUGAUGUCUUUUUUGCUGUUCAAAAAAAUAGAAAUAACCAAAGUCAGGGAGAUGUAGAGAAUAUAAAACAAUCCUAUGAAACGAUGGAUCUCCAUAUAAGAAGUGUCCAAGAAUCAUUUAAAAAAUUAAAAAGCAACAACACAGAUUUAGAGGAAAAUAUCAAAGUAUUUGGAGUCAAGUGGGACAUAAUGAAAAAGAGUUAUUUGGAAUAUUUCAAAACAAAGUCACGGAACGCUUUGUUGAAAAUUGAGUCUAAUCUUCCAAAAAUUAAUGAUUCACUCAAAGAAUUAUUUAGUCUGGUAACGUUUCAAAGUUCUAAUACGUCACUUGGAAUUGCACAAACUACCGAGAUAAGUCACAUAGUUCAAGAGUGUCUUGCAAGUUUCCAGGAGUUUAUUACGGUCAAAUCAACGACAAAUUUUUCCAUUGCUUCAUAUUUGGAGGAAUUUCCAGGUUUAGUGCACUUUAUACACGUAGAUAGAUCCGCAAACAGACAUCGUGUUACGGCGCCCAAUAUAGAAAUAACAGCUGACGAUAACGUGAUUAAUCUACGAAGGAAGGUAUGGUCAAUGGUAGAAUUUUCGAGACAAUAUCUGGACAAAGGUCAUUUGAAUAUGAUGUGGAAAGACGUUGCUUUUAAUUACACAUACUUCAUGUGGUUCGAGGACCAAAAUGGAAUGCCAGUGAAACCGAAAAGUAUCCCAAACUUGUCUUUGGUUAGUGUGAAGCCUCAAUUUAAUGUGGGCCUUCUGGCUGGAGACUAUUACGAACGAUUCAUUGAAGCAUGUUUUCCUAAAACAAAUCCCAAUAAGAUCAAGUGCUAUGAGCUGUAUUGUGUGCAUUUAGGAUUAGUUACGAGCUUGGUUGUUUUGGAGCAUUGUCGGAGACUGGCCGCAACAAUUAAUGACAUAGUUGGUACAAAAAAGUCGUUUGAUCUCUUGUAA